AUGGGAAACUUGGCCCUCGUUUACUAUAUGUUUCUAGUGGGUUUAGAGCUUGAUUUUAAGCCAGUAGUACGUGCUGGGAAGAAGGCUCUCAGCAUUGCGCUCACUGGCUUUUUCUUUUCCGUCCUAGUUGGUUGGGCCUUGUGUCGUUAUUUACUCCUCCAAGAUUUUGUUGCACAAACACAUGAUGGAGAUCAGGAACGUCCCACUAUAAACGGCCCAUUGUUCUGGGGCGUUGCUCUCGCCACUACCAACUUCCCAGACCUUGCCCGAAUCCUCGCGGACCUCAAACUUCUUUACUCUGAUGUUGGAGGACUUGCGUUAUCCGCCUCUGUUAUCACCGACUUGUGCUCCUGGAUUCUUCUUUUGCUCGUAAUGGCCAUAAUCAACAGCGUCCAGAUGUAUGCAGUGGGCUUGACCUCGGUUUUUAUUGGACUGUGCGUUUUUGUAGUACGUCCUGCUCUGUCAUGGAUUGUUCACCGAGUACGCGAAAGAGAAAAAGAGGAUAGGAACAACAGUCAGCUUAUACGCUUUGUUUUAGCUGGAGUGUUGCUCUCUGGGGUCAUUACCGAUGCCUGUGGAUCCCAUUCCAUUGUAGGGCCUUUUGUGUUAGGAGCCAUUAUGCCUAAGGGCGAGUUUACAGACAUGCUUAAACAGAAGGUGGGAAAUUUUGUGCCUUCGAUUCUGAUGCCUCUUUACUUCUGUAUCAAUGGAGGAAGAGUCAACUUUGAGGAUAUUCUCGGUGACAGAAAAAAUCCAAUAGAGCAAAAAACUGGGGCUACCGUCGGUCGCGUAGUGUGGGUUACCAUCAUUGCUUUCGCAACUAAAACUGUGAGCACUUUCGUUGCCGGCAUAAUCAACAAAAUGUCACCCCGGGAUAGUUUGGCUCUUGGAGUGCUCAUGAACACCAAAGGCUUAUUGACACUCAUUAUACUCAAUAGUGGCCGGGACAUAAAGGUAAUUUACUGA